CUUUCCUGCUUGCUCACUCCUCAUCUUCCUUUCUUACUUAUUUCUCCGGUUACGUAUACUCUCCUCCCGCUAAGCAAUGUAUUCUGAACCAGCUGUCGAAGCCGGCAUGAAAUUCCCGGUGAGCAUUUUCAACUCGUCUGAAAUACGAGCUUCUUGACCCGAGUUGCCAAGCACCCAAGCAACACUGUAUAAGAACGGCUGCUUUCAGGUGCUUGCAGAGUCUGAAGCUGAAGUCUGAUCAACGACAUCGUCAAUUCCUCUGCAGUAUGACUAUCCGCCACGCCUUCGCUCUCCUACUGGUCGCGGUCCUCGUGUUCGGAACGCUGGCUCUCCCUGAAUCCGACCCACACUUCGGUCGGCGCUUCGGUCGGCGAUACGGACGCGGCUUCGGGGGAUUCGGUCGGCCCCUGUUCGGUUACGGACACGGUCUCGGCUAUGGAUUAGGACACGGGCACGGAUACGGAGGCUAUGGAGGAUACGGCGGGUAUGGCGGAUACGGCGGGUACGGAGGUUAUGGGCGUCCGUACUUACACUACGGAUAAGCAGGAUCGGAAUAACGGACCGGAAGGGAUGCGCUUCUACGAGAACGAUCGGAAAGGAUUCGAAUUCUACAAAUGUUUAUAAUGUUCUCUGAUGCUUAUUGUUUAAGAGACGGUGAGGCCAAGUUAGAUGUGAGCAAAUGGGUUUUGAUUCUGUUGUAUGAGCAAGACACUUAUCAACUAAAGGUAUUAAUUACGUUUAUGGUUUUCAAGAAUUCAUAAAACGGGGUCUAGAAUUGCAAACGUAACACGGCAAAAUCCGCCAGUUUUGUCACUUAUGAUUAUCUCGGUGUCAAGGUAUUCUUCCUCGGUAUAAGGAAUUUUUAUGUUUUUUUUCAAUACAUUUCUUGAAUAAAGUGAUGAUUUCAAUAAUGUU